CCUUUCUGAGAACAUCUUACACUUUUUCUUCACGAAUGUGUUCUCUCUCUCUAUUCGCUCCCUCUAUCUAUUCCCUCUUUUUAAUCUUUCUACCGUUUCCGUAAUCUUCGCAGCUUUCUCAAUAUCUGCCAUUAGUUUUCAUCACAGAACGCAUCUGCUCUGACCAGGUCGACUUCUGUUCUGCGACGAAUCGCUUAAUUUCACCCAAGAACAGCAGCAGAGUUUGACGUCUGAAUCUGACUUCAGAUUUCUCUUCCGAUUUGGGUGCUACUAUAAUCAUUAGUGCAAUCAGGAAUUGUUUUGCCUUCCUACAAAAAUUAUUGCAUCACGUGUUUGGGUUUGGAUUAGUUUUGAGAUUUUUUCGGGUGAACGGAUCAGUUUGGAGUUAGUGAUUGCGAGAUUGACUUUUCGCAGACCCACGCGUUACCCAACAGGGCAGAAGUGAUCAUCUUGCUGAGAAGUGGAACUGACUCCAUCUAGUUUUUCAUAAAUUUUUGUGUCUGCAGCAUAGGAGUUUGCUUCGAGUGCGCGAUUUAGAAAUUGUUUUGCUAUUUGGGGUUUAAUUAAUUAUUUUGGGUUUCUAUAUGUGGAUGACUGGUUUGAGGGGCAUGCCGUCUAUGCGUUAUACCUUCUUCACAUAAAAGGCGAUCUGUUACAUCAUUAAGAGUAAGGAUGAAGAGAGGAAAAGAUGAUGAGAAGUUCACGGGCCCAUUGUUCCCUAGACUCCACGUCAGUGAUACGGAUAAGGGAGGGCCAAGAGCACCUCCCAGGAAUAAGAUGGCCCUUUAUGAACUGCUCAGUAUUCCGUCUCAAAGGUUCAACCCAGGCGUUCUUCCACAUGGUGAUAGUAAUACAUUUCCCCCAGCAUCUUCAGGCCAGGGGACUUGUCCAGACAGAAGUUAUGCCUUUCCAGUUCAUUUACCUACCCAAACACCUACUUAUCGAGCUGGAAAGAACAUUUCUCAUCAAUCUGAUGGGACAAAUCUGAGCACUUCGUUUGCACAACUUGAACAGAGAAAGAAAAUAGAUGAUGACUUUAGGGUUCCUGUAUUUGUUCAUUUGAGGAGCAGUAAUUCUAGUGAUAAAACUCGGAGGAGUUUUAGCGGGAAUAAAAUCACUCCCAUGGGCUCUAGGCAUUUUGCUUCUUCGGUGGAUGUGCAAAACAAUUGUGAAAGAGACCCAAAACUGAUUGGCUCGCCUCAUGUCAAUGAGAGAGAUAUGAGGAGCAGUGACCAUGAAGGGCUUCCAAAAGUAAGCCCAAGUAGAGACCAGGCAAAGUCGGUCAGCAAAACAUCAAAAGGAGAAAAUACUGAGAGUCUGAUGAGACAAGCCAGGGUGACUCCAUAUCAAGAUUGUCAUGUGGCAAGUCUUAGCAGAUUACAUGAAGGGGAUGCUUGUAUACAGCCAGAAUGUGGAGUUGGAUCACAAUCUAAUUACACUGAACAUGGUGAGGGUCUUGUUGAGUCAACAAGGGAUGCUGAGACGGGAAGUAUCCCCUUGUCAAGAGGCUGCUUUCAUUCUACAACAGAUAAAAAUGGUCCAAUGGAGGCCACCAAUAACAUCGAAUAUCAUGAUACCAGGACUGGUGGUCCAAUACAGAAUAGCCAUGUAGAAAGAAGUGAAAACUUUUCCAAGACCUCCAUCGUAGAUAAUUUGUCGAGCACAACAAUUUCUCCAGAUGAUGUCGUAGAAAUAAUAGGUCAGAAACAUUUCUGGAAAGCAAGAGAGCAUAGCAAUCAGCAGAGGGUGUUUGCAGUUCAAGUGUUUGAGUUGCACAGACUGAUAAAGGUCCAAAAGUUGAUUGCGGGAUCACCAGAUCUUCUGCUUGAAGAUGGUGCUUUUCUGGGAAAAUCUCCUCCCAAGGGAUCUACUCCUAAAAAACUUUCGCUGGAAUAUGUUGUAAAACCUCGGCCACAAAAUCUUAAGGGCAAAGAUGAUUCUGAAAAGCAAAACCAUAAACUGGAGUGUUCUGCAGAGAAUGUUGGGAAGACAUCUGUUUCAUCUGUGAAAAAUGGGAGCCACCAUUCAAAUUACACCCCCUCUGGGAAUCCACACCAGGCAAAUGUAGCUGUUGACAGUAAAAUGGGUCCCUGGUAUUUCCAUCAGUCGCCUGGCCAUCAGUGGUUGAUCCCUGUUAUGUCUCCUUCUGAGGGGCUUGUCUACAAGCCAUAUCCUGGACCAGGAUUCACUGGAGUGGAUGGCCGAGGAUUUGGGCCUUUUGGCCCAACUCCCUCGGGAGGUAAUUUUAUGAAUCCUGCCUAUGGAGUCCCAACUUCUAAUCAAGGAAUUGGAGUUCUGCCAGACAAUCCUCCAGCUAGUUAUGCUUACUUUGCUCCUUAUGGCAUGCCAGUUGUGAAUCCAACAAUGUCAGGGUCGGCUGUUGAACAGACGAACCACUGUGCAGCACCAGGCUCCGAUGGCCAUUUAUCUGGAGAGGGAGCCAACUUUAUCACUCCUAAUAAUCAAAGCUCUUGUGGUUUUCCUGUUCAGAGAAAUGAGAGUAUGUCAAAUGUCAUGAAAAUUCAGGCAUCCAACGGAAGUGAAUUACAAAGAAGCACAUCAAGUAGUCCUAGUGAAAUGGCACAGGGAAUAAGCACGGGUCAAAACUCAGAUGGAAGAGAUGCGCUUCCGCUCUUUCCUAUGGCUCCGGCGGUUACAGAAGGAGCUCCUCAAUCUCUCGAGACCAGACAACAAACUCGAGUAAUCAAAGUUGUGCCUCAUAAUCCAAGAUCUGCAACGGAAUCAGCAGCUAGAAUUUUCCAAUCAAUACAAGAAGAAAGGAAGCAGUAUGAUUCGGUCUAGUGCUGUUCAGUGCGUUGGACAAGUUCCUGCUCUACUUUUUGCGGAAUGACAUGUUGUAAUUUAUAACGGGAUGUUACAUUUUUUAAAAUUUUCUUUUGGUUUUGACCUGAUUACAGCUUAGUUGUAUGUAGAUAUGUAUGUUAUCUCGUCAAAUGUAAUACUAGUUUCUGUUUUUCCCAUAUAUCUUUUAAUUAAAAUAUUUCUAAAAGCUUGAUUAAUGAUA